CCCCUUCAUUUUAUUUCUUCAUGCAAGGCUGCUGCUGCUGUCGCUGUUGACAGAGGAUCUGAGGAAACCCUAGAAUCCCCCAUCUGCAACCAUGGGUAUCUCCCGGGACUCGAUGCACAAGAGACGUGCCACUGGUGGCAAGAAGAAGGCUUGGAGGAAGAAGAGAAAGUAUGAGCUUGGAAGACAGCCUGCCAACACAAAGUUGUCAAGCAACAAGACCGUUAGGAGGGUAAGGGUUCGUGGUGGGAAUGUGAAGUGGCGUGCAUUGAGGUUGGAUACUGGGAACUACUCUUGGGGGAGUGAGGCCGUGACUCGGAAGACCCGUAUUUUGGAUGUGGUUUAUAAUGCAUCAAACAAUGAGUUGGUUAGGACCCAGACAUUGGUGAAAAGUGCAAUUGUUCAGGUUGACGUAGCUCCAUUUAAGCAAUGGUAUCUCCAACACUAUGGUGUUGACAUUGGUCGCAAAAAGAAAACAACUGUUACCAAAAAAGAGGGGGAGGAGGGCGAUGCAGCUACUGAAGAAACUAAGAAGAGCAACCAUGUUAUGAGAAAACUGCAGAAGCGCCAACAGGAACGCAAGCUUGAUCCACAUGUUGAAGAGCAAUUUAGCAGUGGGCGUUUGUUGGCUGCAAUCUCAUCCCGACCUGGCCAAUGCGGCCGUGCUGAUGGGUAUAUAUUGGAGGGCAAAGAGCUGGAGUUCUACAUGAAGAAGAUCCAGAGGAAAAAAGGAAAGAGCGCAGGAGGUGCUGCUUGAAGCUUUUUGCCCAAAAAUCUUAAGAGUUUCUAUCGUCUUUUUCCCCCAAUUCUCUUAAGACAUGGAAUUUUGGUUGAGCAAAUGAUUAGUUUGAACAUUUCUAUUUUGUCUUAUCAGUGUUGUUGCCUUUCAAGUUACAUCAUAUCCAUAUUUGUUACUUAGGGGGUGGGGGUCAAACUAGAACCCCAUCUUAUUCCUCUUCUCAUAGAUGGAACCAUAGAUCCAUAAAUGCUUGGGUGUUCUCACUUGAACUUUCAUGGUA